AUGUUUUCUAGAUUACUGAAGAGGAUAACGACCCAAAGGUUCCAACACACUGUAACUAAGCAAUCAUCUGCACCAUUCAACAACAAAUACAAUUUCAAUUUGAAUCCACCACCUGUACACGAAUACUGGAAUGUUUACAACUCAAGUGUGCUCUUUGCGUUUGUGCCGGUGUUUUUGGGUAUAGCUUAUGCUGCUAAAUACAUUGGUGUUAACAUAGAAGGAAAUGCUGGUUUAUUGGAAUACGCCAAUGGUGAAAAUUCACCAUUGAAGUCCAUUAAAUUUGGUGAACCACAACUUGCCAGAGUAUCGAAAGAGUAG